AAGGGCAGGGCUGGGUCCGCUCUGUCCGAUCCCAGAAGGAAGUUUUGUUCCUGCAUAUAAAUGAUGGGAGUUCUCUGGAAAACCUCCAGGUGGUUGCUGAUCCCAGCCUGGAAAACAGAGACCUGACUUUUGGCAGUGCAGUGGAAGUACAAGGGAAACUGGUUAAAAGUCCUCAUAAGAUGCAAAACAUGGAGCUGAAAGCUGAAACCAUCCGUGUGGUGGGACCUUGUGAUAUUUGGUCAUUUCCCCUGAAAAUGAAGGAGAGGCACCCACUGGAGUAUGUCCGGCAGUUCCCUCACCUGCGAUGCAGAAACAACACGCUUGGCUCCCUCUUGCGAAUCCGCAGCGAAGCCACUGCAGCUAUCCACUCGUUCUUCCAGGAUAAUGGCUACGUGCAUAUUCAUACCCCCAUAAUUACAUCAAAUGACUGUGAAGGUGCUGGGGAUCUCUUUCAAAUUGAGACAUCAAAUGAGGCAAGGGAAUCUGCAGAGAAGACCCAUUUCUUCAAUGUGCCUGCCUUCUUGACAGUUUCUGGCCAGCUCCAUUUGGAAGUGAUGUCAGGGGCUUUUACCCAUGUGUUCACCUUCGGCCCAACAUUUCGAGCGGAGAACUCGCAGAGUCGCCGGCACCUGGCGGAGUUCUACAUGGUGGAGGCUGAGCUGUCCUUUACUGAAAGCCUUCAAGACAUCAUGCAGGUUAUGGAAGAUCUUUUCAAGACAGCAACAAGCACUGUGCUCUCCAAAUGUCCCCGUGAUGUUGAGCUUUUUCAUAAAUACAUGGCUCCUGCCCAGAAGGUUGGAACAGAUGCUGAAGAACAAAUUUGUGACUUGGUGGAAAACCUGCUCUCACAUCUCUUAGAGGAAAUUUCCUACAGUGAAGCAGUGGAAAUUUUGAAGCGAGCUUCUCAAACUUUCACUUUCAAGCCAGAGUGGGGCUGUGACCUCCAAACAGAACAUGAAAAGUACCUGGUGAAGCACUGUGGUGAAGUGCCCGUGUUUGUGAUUAACUACCCAUACGACCUCAAACCUUUCUACAUGCGGGACAAUGAAGAUGGACCUCAGCAUACAGUUGCAGCUGUUGAUCUCCUCGUGCCGGGAGUAGGGGAGUUGUGUGGAGGCAGCUUGAGAGAGGAGCGACUGCCCUUCCUGGAAUCCCGCUUACAGAGAUUAGGACUCACAGAUGCCUACCAAUGGUAUCUAGACCUCCGAAAAUUCGGCUCAGUUCCUCAUGGAGGCUUCGGAAUGGGGUUUGAACGCUACCUGCAGUACAUCUUGGGAGUUGACAAUAUCAAAGAUGUUAUUCCUUUCCCCAGGUUUUCUCACUCCUGUCUGCUGUAGCUCAGCAGCUGACUCAAUAUGGAGAAAGCUGCGAGUGUGACUGUAUGUACGUAACAUGCUAGGAUAUGACUAAAUGUGUCUUAGUGGCAGAUUGAGAUAAUUUUUAUAUGAAAAGUGAAACUUUUGGUAAAUUUAAUACCGGUUUAUCGAAAAAAAUAUAUGUUCUGGUAAGAUUAUGGAAGCAUGCUGGCAGUUAAUUUGAUAGGAGUUCAUGCCUUCAGUGCACUUCAGCAGUAUUAAUAAAUCCCACAUAACUGAAGGGUUAAGAUUCUUGUGAAACUAGUGCAAGCCUUAGAAGUACUGAAUAAGCAUUGGUGGGAGGUAGUGGGGGUUUUAUGUGAAAUAUUAAUAAGGAGGUGUGACCUAAAAUGGACUGGGAGCCAGGACUGCUGUGAGGCUUUAAUAAGCUUUAAUUAAAUGCCUGAGCAGUGCUUUGAAGAUUGAGUGUUAUAAAAUUGCGAAGUAUUGUCAUGGCUGUGAUGCAUUUGCUCUUACAAAAUAGCAACUGUAAAGCAUGAUUCUCCCCACCUCAGAUUAAACCUUGUUUACCUUGGAAAAAUCAGCCAAGGAAAAAUGUCAUACUGGAGCUGCUGGAGUGAAUUAGGUGAAUGAUGUUUGAUUUUGUGAAUCAUCAAUAAAGAUGUGCACUGGGU